UCUUCUAACCAUCUAUUCUCUUCUCCAUCUCUCCAUCAUCCAUCCACCCUUUUCGUUUCCAAGGGCGUCGCAGAGGAUUGACUGAAAGCCACGCUAUAUACACACACACAUAUUCGUGUGUGCGUGCGCGUGUGCAUGCGUGAGUGCCCCGCGCACCCGUGCAUGUGUGAGCGAGCGCCUGCCCUCGAGCUGUCGUCCGUGGAUCCGCUGGCAUGAGGAGCUGAGACAGAACCGAGCAGAAGGAUGAAAAUGCUUCGGUUCCGCAGACCCAGCAUCCACUCUUUGGACCAGGAGGUCCUGUGCACGAUCCGGUUACUGGAUGACUCCGAGAUCUCCUGCAGCAUCCAGAGAGACACUAAAGGCCAGUUCCUGUUGGACCAUGUUUGUAACCAUUACAACCUACUAGAGAAAGACUACUUUGGCAUUCGAUAUGUGGACCCAGAGAAACAGAGGCACUGGCUGGAGCCCAACAAGCCUGUGGUGAGGCAGAUGAAGUUGUGUCUCUUGUCUUCUGCAGCUCAGCAGCCGUACACCAUGUGCUUCCGGGUGAAGUUUUAUCCUCACGAGCCGAUGAAAAUCAAGGAGGAACUCACCAGGUACCUCCUUUACCUCCAGUUAAAGAGAGACAUCUACCACGGUCGUCUCCUCUGUCCUUUUGCUGAAGCUGCAUAUCUGGGAGCCUGUAUCAUCCAGGCUGAACUCGGGGAUUAUGACCCAGAGGAGCACCCAUCAGACUACAUCAGUGACUUUAAGCUGUUCCCGAAGCAAUCGCUCAAACUGGAGAGGAAGAUCAUGGAAAUACACAAGAAUGAACUCAGGGGUCAGAGUGCUGCACUCGCAGAGUUGAGCAUGCUCCAAAGGGCUCACAGCCUCGAAACAUACGGAGUUGACCCUCAUCCGUGCAAGGACUUCACGGGCUCCACAGCCUUUCUCGGGUUCACAGCCACCGGUUUCGUGGUCUUCCAGGGAAACAAGAGAAUCCACCUCCUCAAAUGGGUGGACGUCAGCAAGCUGAAGUUUGAAGGAAAGACAUUUUACGUCAUAGGGAUUCAGAAAGAGAUCUCGGUAACAGGCAGGAUUCAUUGUAACAGGACGAAGAAACUGGUGCUGACGUUUCACACGUCAACCCCUGCAGCGUGUAAGCACUUAUGGAAGUGUGGAGUGGAGAACCAGGCCUUUUACAAGUGCAUCAAGUCGAGUCAGAUAAAGACGGUUUCUAGCAGUAACAUCUUCUUCAAAGGCAGCAGGUUCAGAUACAGUGGAAAAGUAGCCAAGGAGGUGAUUGAAGCCAGUUCCAAGAUCCAGAGAGAGCCACCAGAGGUGUGCAGAGCCCAGUUUGGACAGAGUCGAAGUUUUAACUCACUGAGCCAUAAAAACCUCAUCAUGAACAUGGAGCCUCUGGUUCCUGCACUGCCCUCAACUAACGAAUACGAAGAGACUGCCACAGACAAUGGUGUUGUCGUCGUGAAGGACGCAGUUCCCCUGUCUCCUCUCGAACCUUCAGCCGUGCCCACAGACGCCGAGCAGCAAAGCACUGAGGGAGCAAACUCUGCUUUGAGCAAUCAUCUGCAGCCUCCCCAUGUUUCCAUGGAAACUGCAAAUCUUCGACCUCAGUCACCCAAAGCGGAAGACAAAGUGGAGGAAGACGACGAGGCCAGCGGAGGACUCACCAUCUCUGAGUUUGCCUACAGCCCCUGUGCCAGCAUGCUGCCCACUCCAGUAGAUGACAGUCAGGGAGGUGUGGACGUGGUCUUCUCCUCUCCGGUCCAGAGUCCUGCCAGGCUGCUGAGGGAGCUCCACGCUGACCCCGACAUCCAGGCCCAGCUGGAAGCUGAGAGGGAGCGAGACCGCGCCUAUGAGCGCACUCGAAAUGCUGCGAGAAGUCGAAUGGGGGGAGUCCUGACCACCAGCUUGCAGAUGCUGUCGUCCAACGACAGGGUCAAUGCAUGCGUGCUGAGUGUGGUCCGCUUGGUCGCCGUGGUAAUGGGCGUCCUGCUCGUCACUGUGCCCACACUGCUGCUUCUGUUGGAGUCAGACAUUGACGUGUCAUUCCUUCACGAGAUCCGCCAGACGCCGGAGUUUGAGCAGUUUCACCACGAGUAUUACUGCCCGUUCCGCCGCUGGGUCCUGUGUAGGAUCAGCAUGGCCAUGGAGAAUCUUUGGUCAGAUUAAAGAGGGAAAUAUAACGUUUGACAAAGGACAGGAUGGGGAGUCAGUGUGGGGAGAAUGAGCUUUGCCCAAAUGUCUGUCUUAACAUCUAAUUGAUUCUUACAUUCAGUCUUAAGAAGUGGUGUCACUUGAUUCAAAAACAAAAGAAGUAAUUGAGUAAUUGAAUUUUAUCACUUAUAAGGGCUCCACAGAAAUGUCACAGGACAUUUUAUUAAAAAAGGGCCUCAGAUGGAAAGACAGUGCCGUAAUGCAGACGCCUUUGAUGCCUGUGGCAUCAGCACUUAGAAAAAAAAGAGACAUAAGAUUAGAAAUAAUACUCUUAUCAUGGGAUAUAAUUACCUGUUAAGAUUGGCACUUGGCAGUGAUGAAUUAAAUUAACCCGGAGUGCAAGAAUUACUGAAGAACACAAGGAAAUGAAAGUCAUGACAAUAGAAAGCGAGGGGAGGCUGUGAACGCAGAGAAAGUAACAGGAGAAAACCAGUUGGUUGGUUCAAGUUUUGAUGGUCUGUUCACUCCUGACGCUGACAAGUCGAUGCAGAGACUUCACGGUAAAUGUCACAAACUGUUGUGGUUGGUUCUUGUCGUUGGAGCAGACCCUCUGAUUGGCCGUGGAGCCUGUCAGUCAUGAAGGAGUGUGAGGGAACACAGGGUGAGAGAGAGAGAGAGAGAGAGAGAGAGAGACAUCAACAAAAGCCACAGAGACACAUUAUAUACAUAUAUACAGUAUAUAUUUAAAACAAAGGAGACUAUUGAUAAUUAAUACCAACCUUAAAUUAGUUGUUUUUAGUGUUUUGUACAUUUUUAUGUGAUCCAAAUAUUUCAGGAAUUUUUCAGUCAGAGGAUCUACUUUGAGUUUAUUUUGAAAUUAAGAAUUUACAAAAGAUUAGAAAAAAAAGGAGGCUAAUUUAUUGACAUUUAUCGGGUGAUGGGUGUUGAGAAACUUGAGCUAUUUUUUCAGACGAUGGUCAGCAUUUGUUGACCUGAUGGCACCCUGGGUUUUUUUUUCCUACAGAGGCUAUAGCACAAACCUUUUACACAGACCACAGAUUACAACUGUUUCAGAUUAUGUGAUGUCAUUUCAGAGAUGGGAGGGUGGCAUGAGAGAAACUUUAGUCUGUUUGUAGUGAUAAAAAAAAGCGUGCUUUGUUCAAUGUCUUCAAUGUUAACACGUGGGCUUUAAGGAGUUUUAACAUAAAACGUAUUACGCGAGACUAAGGGAGGAUCGGGUUUGUUAUGACUGCUUGUGAGAAAGUUACUGAAUCAUGUUAUUCACACACUCAUUUUACAUUUCCACAGUCUGGAGCUUGAGGUUGGUGAUUUGUUAGUCACUGGUGUGAUGUUUUUAUGUGAGCUCUGUAAAUGUUUGACCUAGCAACACAGGACUGGGACAAGUGGUGUGUUUGUGAGCUUGUGAAGGACAUUUCCUGUUGUCGAAAAGGUUGAACAGGUACAGUUUCAGGUAUUUAACUCACAGGAGGCAGAUCUGCAUUUUACUCACUGAUUAAAAAAAAAGAAACAAGUAGCCAUUGGUAUGAAGAUCGGUGAAAACAUAUCGAACAUCCUGUGUCUAUCAUCCACAUCCCUGCAACUGUUUUUUUUAUCUGUCAACAGAAAUGAUAUCUUUUCUUUUUUAAUUUCAGCGACCGACAAGGCAGGGCUAGGAGUAGUGCUGGAUUGGAAAAGGUGCUUUUUGUUCAUAUAGUCACAACUGACACAGCUGAGGUUUCCAAAAAAAAGAGCCAUGGAGUCAAAGAUAAAUUAUGUCAAAAAUGUUGUGUAAUUUGGCAUCACACAAGGGCAAAAUCAAAUCUAAUUGGGACUUAAUCAAACUCCUGUAGCCUCAUAACUUUUGGGAACUUGCAGCCAUCACAGUGUGACAGUUGAACACACAGAUGGUGUCCGUGUGGGGUUUCAGUGUGGAGAAGAGAGCAGAGACGUGUAGUGGGCGAUAAAUGACUGUUCGGUCAAAUGAAGAUGAAAAGUGUAGUUUGAUGUGGAUCAACUUCUCAGGUAAGGACAUUAAACACCUUAUGUUAAAAAGAAUUAAAUGUUCAAGAAAUACAAAAACAAAAAAACUGGAGAAAAAACCCCAACAUAGUUUAUUCAUGCCAUCUUUAUGUGUCUCACUAUUAUAGAUAUCCAAACACUUCAUGUACAUAGUAACAGCAGACCUAAUUAUGGCAGCAGACUGUCUGCCUGGUUGUAGCUUCAUUUCACCGCAGUACGUAUACAUCCAUGCCUUUCUGAUAAAAAAUAGUCCUCACUGUUGAGAGCUAGUAACCGUAGCUGCAGUUUUAACAUCUGAACCUCCACACUGCUUUUGUCAUGCCAAUUUUUUAAUUGAUACACUCUAUCAAACUGACUUAUCUAUGAAGGCUCUCACACAGUAUUUCAACUCUCUUCAAACUAAAACUAAAACAUUCAUUUACAGGAAUCACUGUUUUGUAGGUUGUUUGCAAGCACAUAACAUCCCUGUCGUCUCCUCUCCAGUGUUGCUGCCUCCUCAUAUGUGUGUCGUCGAGUACCUCUGUAGACUUUAUGCAUUGACAAAAAUAUGCAGUAACAGCAGAAACAUGCUUAUUCGGGACAAAAGGUUUAUUUUCUUACUACGAAACAUGCACUGAGCGUCUGAUGCUGAAACCAAGCAAAGGGCCAAGCCACUAUGACGACGACGUUUGCCUCUGACGUCACUGACUCUGACAUGAAAACAAUCUCACUGCAGUGGACGAGGCUGAUCUGUGUGCACUGCUUCGUGAUCACCAUCAUGACUGCUGCUCCUUCAGUCUGCAUGUGCAUCAAAUUGCUCAAACAUUUAAACAUAUAUACUUAAAAAAAACACAUCAACAUGUAAAGGCUGUAAAGUUUGUCCCUGGCUUUAUUCUGGUCUAACUCUACGAUCUUUUCAGUUGAUGUUGCAGUGCAAUUGUAUGCCCUCAUAUGUAAAAAACAUUUUUAUAGAUGUGGCAAAAAAACAAACAAAAAACUAUGGGUUAAGACUUACUUUCUGUCUUGCCUCUGUGUGUCUUGUCUGUGUAAAGAGUUGUAGAUAUAGGCUUGGCCGUCUUGACCAUCUUAGGUGAACGCAUGCUCGCUGUGUUUUUAAACAAUAGGAGAAAGGGAAGAAAAGUUUGAGGCAUUAAAGGAGUUUGAGAUGUGCUAACACAAACUGUAUAGGAAG